AUGCGUUCAUUCUCUUCCAUUGCCGCUCUCCCUCUCGCUGCGCGAAUUGUCGCUGCCGGCCAGUACGAUGCGUGGAAGUUUGGCAACAUGUUCACCCUGGGCUCUGAUACCAGUGUUAUUACCAAGGCCACUUACUUCCUUCAUUUCUCCAAUGACUCGCGCUGGAUGGCGAUCUGGGUUGGCAUCUCCCACUCUAUCAGCGACCAGAGCAACAACCUUUACCAGCCUGUUAUGAACUGGGCCCCGGAUAACGUUGCUAACGGAUGCUCUGCCUCAAACAAUGAGUGGUGCGUGUUUGCUAGCACCUUCACCGGUUCCACCCAGAUUGCCCAGGACCCCGUCGCCAUUCCUCUCAAGUCCGACGUCGACUUUGAGCUCGUCUACGAUGCUUCCAAGGGUGUGACCCAGAAGGUUUGGAUCAAUGGCGCCAUGGUCUCGCAGCAGACCGACGUCGACGCCAGCGGCAAGACCCCUACCUACAUCUACUCCAGCAACGAGUGCUACCAAGGCACCUGCGGAACCCUCGCUGGCUACAGCUGGAGCAACGUCACCGCCACCCUCGAGAAGGCCGACAAGACCUUUGGUGGUUCUCUGCAGCUUACUGGCGCUACCUCGACCGGCAUUAAGACGACCGACGACGGCAAGACCUGGCACGUUGAUGCCAUCAAGAUCAACGAGGACUACUUCUACUCUGAUGGCUCGAAGAAGCAGUGCUAA